UUCGCUCUGACCACAACCUUUCUCUGAUUGAGUAGAGGCUCCUGUCAGAACACAUGGCUGAAGAGGAUAAACCAUGGUCUGGACUGCACGGCUGUGAGGAUAUUUUCUGAUACCAUACCAAAUGUUUUUUUUCAACAUGGGAAUAUUAAAAUGCUUCAAAUUUCCCUGACACUUGAUCGACAGUUGCAUUGAGAUAGACUAUAUUGUGACUUGGAGCGGAUUUUGUUUUUUCUGAUUUGCGUUUUGCAUAAAAUAUGGAACAUGAAGUUGAACACCAUUUGAGAUGGGGGAGCAGCAACACAACACAAAUAAGGUCAAGUGAAUAAUUGAAUCCACAUAUUUAUACAUCUACUGUUUUUACCAUAGCAUGUUUUUGGUUAACAUAACUGGGACGCUACUGGAUGGAUUUCAGUGUAUUCUGAUAUUUGUGGGCAAAAUUUUGUAUUUUUCUACAUUCCAUGAAAAUGGAUGGAAGAUUAAGUGAAACACUGACAAUGGAUGACUGGAAUCCUAAAUCUAAAAGCAGAGAAGAGUGAAAAAAUACAUCUGAAAGUGGGUAGCAGUUCUGUUCUAAUCCCCCUGAGGGGAUACUUCAGCUCUCUCUCUCUCUCUCUCUCUCUCUCUCUCUCUCUCUCUCUCUCUCUCUCUCUCUCUCUCUCUCUCUCUCUCUCUCUCUCUGUGUUUGUCCCACCUGCUGUCAUUUUCCUUUGAGGAUCAGAAUUUCAAAGCUUGUCAGUCAUCAAUCCAUGUCAGUGUCAGCUCUUUCUGAAUUUCUCUGUGUCUACCAAAGCCUGAUCACAUGAGCCGAGUCGACACGCUGCACCAGCGCACCACCUACCUCAUCUCCCUCACCCUGGUCAAGGUAGAGGCUGUGGAAGAGCAUGGAGGGGAGCAGGCCAGGUCAAUCACCCAGGGGAGGGAGGCUGGGGAUGGGGCUGGGGUGGAGAAGGGACAGCCCUUCUCCACACAGGACAACCAGGCAGAUGUUGCUGUCCCGGAGGGUGGAAAAGGUAGUGAACUCAAGGAGGAGAGGAAAUCACCCAGUAGCCCCUCAAGAGACAAGGCACCUUUUGAGGGCGAUGUUCCUCCUAAAGAAAGUGACAAGUUAUCAGACGGCGACAAUGUUAUUACCUCCUCCACUGUUGACAAUAUGAAGACUGAAACGUUAACGGGUGGAGAGGAUGCAGCAAGGGAGAAAGAGGACAACCAGACGACAACAGUCACCUCAAAAGUGAUAACAUGCAGCACAACUACACCGCAGACCUCAACAUCAGUAGAGGUAGCAGUCGACCCCAACCGCACCCCAACCAGGAGCAGUAUCCCUGUACGCACGGGGGGUCAGUGUCCAGGGUCCUUGCUGAAAGCACACAGCCCAUUGGCCAGCCCUGUGACCAGCCGCCGAGAGGCCAAGCAAAGCCCCUCGUCAUCCCAGAGCCUGGAUAGCAGAGACAGGAGAAUCCCAACCCGGUCCCCUGGUCCCUGUCGGGCCUCCUGGGCUGAGAGUGGUGAGGGUCGGGCCAGAUCUCAGGGUCAGGGAGUUAGGGAUGAAGCUGGAGAUGGAGCAGGGAAUCAAGAAAGAGUGACUGAUGAAGCUGGGGACAGAGCUGUUACACAGGAGGGAAGAGGAGGAGCGGUUGCAAAGCGAGACAAUCCCAGGAUGGAGAGACUGAAGAACAGUUCCGCUUCUCUACCUGCUCCUGUCACCCUGGUCCCCAAGCCCCCACGCAGGGGCAACAGCUGUACCUUGGAUGACACUGACCCUAACAGCCAGGCAGAGGACCUCUGUGUGGGCAGAGAGAGCAGCCAGAUACAGCCUGGUCCCCACAACCAGCAGGGACAAAAGGGCUCUGCUCGAGAUCGUAAGAUGCUCAAGUUCAUCAGUGGGAUCUUCACCAAAAGCAGCAGCCCAGUCUCAGCCACCACUUCCUCUAGUACAGCAACACUUCCCCCUGUCUGCAAUAUUCAGAGAGAGUCCAGUGAGGAGGACGGUAGGACACCGCAAGCACACACGCAAGCACACACACACAAACAAUGCACUCUCUUAUAUUGAAACUAUCAAACAAUAAGGGUCCCACAAUGACACCGCCCCUGUGUCCCAGCCCAAUAGCCAUCUCUCCUCUCCUCCUCCCACACUCACAACAUUCUCUAAAAUGAAGCAGAGUCCCUUCAGACUCUCUCUCUCUCUCUCUCUCUCACACACACACACACACACUGCUCUAAGGGUUGAAAUACUUUACAUAAAGAUCAAGAGCAAAUGUCUGUCUGCUGCUUUUCAGUCAUGUAACAAGAAAGUCAAGGAGGAAUCAAACGAGUAUCCAUUUUAUUCUAGUCUUGAAUUUGAUCCAUAUGCAGAGGAAUUCAUCUGUAAUGGAGGGAAGGGAAUAAGCUAUUCCGAGAGCCUCACAUACAUUUGAUAUAGAGCUCAUAAUAAAAGGGAUGUCACGUGUUUGUGAGGUUUGACUUAGAGCCAUGUGUGACUGUAAAACCAUGAUAGAAAGUAUUUUGAUCUCUGAGCUGACAAUAGUGGACAGUUUUAAUCUAAUUCCCUUCUGUAUGGAGCAGGGGUGAUUUCACGCAGCCUGAAGGGGUAAUCUCUCCACAGCGUAGCUACACUGUGUGUUCUCCCCAAAUGGCACCCUAUUCCCUAUUUAGUGCACUACUUUUGAUCAGGGCCCAUUGGGUUCUGGUUAAAAGUAGUGCACUAAAUAGGAAAUAGGGUGCCAUUUAGGACACCGCCAUUGUUUAACUCUCAUAAUGAUCCUAAUGAUUAAAGCCAGAGCUACAGUAUAUAUUAUGGAUAUACAGCCCUGGUUAAAGCCCAGGCUGUGGCAGCAGGCUGACAGCAUGGCACCAUGACUAUCUGUUAUUUUGAUGUAUUGCUUUGGCUGCUGCCUUAGCAAAACUGGAGCGUUUGGAGGGAAAUUUGACAAUAUGAAUAUCCUCUGUGAAAGUGCAAUUACAGCCAAUAUCCUUAAUCCAUAUCUUUGAUGUUCCGCCCACUCAAUGACUGACUAUUCCUCCACAAACAUCUCUGGGCACCCCCUCUCGAGGAGCGAGAGAGAGAGCGAGGGAGACGUAGUGAGCUGGAUUCGGGAGGAGAGCUAUAGCGAGAUAGACGAAAGGCCGAUCGCGAUAUGCAGAGAGGGAUCGCAGAAGAGCGCGGACAGAGAGAGUAGAGGGAGAGAGCGGCGCGAGGCGAUGACUCGAGAGAGAGCAGAGAUCGCGACGAGAGAAGCUCGAUGUCUCUCUAUCUCGCCUAUAGAUCUCUCAUCUCUCUCUCUCUCUCUCUCUCUCUUCCCUGUACUUCAUAUUUUCAACCAUCUGACAUUCUAUGGUCUAUAAAUAAUAAAUAUGCCCUAUUUGUGUGAGAAGUUGAUAAAACAUAAGAACGCCUUGUAGUUUCAUCUGCCUCUGACAAAAAAGACAUGUCACUUAAAUCAUUACACAUUUAUGUCAAGGUCAAUAACAUGCAAGCAUUAAUGUCUGUGGACUGUAUUAACAAGCGGUUUCACUGGUAUGUGCCUGCAGCUUGUGUUAAAUAUUAGUUUGAACUUAUUUUAUGUAUGUUUGCUCAAUAUAAGUAUGUGCCUAAAGUGUCUGUAUAUUAUUCAUGCUGUUACACAUGCAUGUGUUCUGUGUCUAGUCACGUACGUGUUCUCUGGGCAAGAGCAGAAUCAGGCUAGUAGGGUCUGGAGGAAAGGUUGCCAUAGCAACAUGGGGAGGGCUAUGAGAAAUGUAUGUUAUGGGUGUGUUGUACAAUGGAGAGAGAGAGAGACAGAUGAAAUGGAGGGGAAGAGUGAGACUUUUGAUGUUCCUAAAAAAUAAUGGAAGGGUAGUGCACUGGAAGGGUUCUUUGAAUGUCAGUAACAUGUGACAGUUGUUUUCAUACAGUACUAAGAGGGACUCUCGAUAUUCCGCUUUAUACGGAGUGUGUUGCAGGCAGCUGUAUAAGGAUCAUGCUGUCUAAUUGCUUUGGCAACAUCUCUCAUGUGGCCUGGCACAUAAAGAGCCCUUUGACUGGAGAUGAAUUCAGAUAGAUCAAGUUUGUCUCUUAUCCACUCCUGAGUGGCGCAGUGGUCUAAGGCACUGCAUCGCAGUGCUAACUGUGCCACUAGAGAUCCUGGUUCGAAUCCAGGCUCUGUCGCAGCCGGCCGCGACCGGGAGACUCAUGGGCGGUGCACAAUUGGCCCAGCGUCGUCCAGGGUAGGGGAGGCAAUGGCCGGCAGGGAUGUAGCUCAGUUGAUAGAGCAUGGCGUUUGCAACGCCAGGGUUGUGGGUUUGAUUCCCACGGGGGGCCAGUAUAAAAAAAAAUAUAUGUAUUCACUAAAUGUAAGUCGCUCUGGAUAAGAGCGUCUGCUAAAUGACUAAAAUGUAAAUGUAAAUCUAGAGAGCUGCCCGUAGUGUGUGUAAAAGCCCAUUUUCUCCUCCCUCUCUUUUUCUUGCCCCAUCUUCUCUGCACUCAUUGUGUAUCUGAAUGGGGAUACAUCUGUGAGGGGCUCGUCUGAUGGUCUGUAGCCAUGAUUCAGAUCAGAACCAGGCGGUUGUGAGGUAUAAUGGUCUGUCCCUGGAACCUACCACAGCAACACAGUGGCACUCAGCACCCUGCGCUCUCUCUCAUCACAGAGCCACAGCUGUGGACAGUGGACAGAGACAACUGGGGGUCUUGGAGUGUGUGCGUCACAUCGUAUUGGGGGCAUGUCACCUCUCUAGCCCAGCAGGGACAGUGGCAGUGUGGCACAGCUGUGUGUGAGCUGACCGUGACUGUGUGUGUGUGUGUAGUGUUCUACUGGUAGAGGGCGAAGAACGCAGCAGUGUCACUGAACCUUCUCUCUGUCUUUGCAAAAGGAGUGCAAGGGGAGUUCCCUGCAUCAGACACCUUUAGACACUUUGAUCCUUUGCGAAACCAGAUGCCUUGACUGGCAGCUUCAGCAUAUAAAGGGCAUUCUAGGAGAACAACACAUACUUUUGCGAGCCUCUGAGGGGCAGAGUGGAUAAACAGUGAAUUGAAAAACUAGUUAAAUCCAGUAGUUUAUAUUAUAGUGAAAGGUUGCUUUCAUCAGAAUCAGAAUAACCUUUAUUCGCCAAUUACACUGAACAAAAAUAUAAACGCAACUUGCAACAAUUUAAAAGAUGUUAUAUAAUUAAAUCAGUCAAUUGAAAUAAAUUCAUUAGGCCCUAAUCUAUGGAUUUCACAUGACUGGGAAUAAAGUUAUGCAUCUGUUGGUCAGAUAUACCUUAAAAAAAGGUAGAGGCGUGGAUCAGAAAACCAGUCAGUAUCUGGUGUGACCUCAUGUAGUCUGGUGUGACCUCAUGCAGCUCAACAUAUCUCCUUCACAUAGAGUUGAUCAAGCUGUUGAUUGUGGCCUGUGGAAUGUUGUCCCACUCCUCUUCAAUGGCUGUGCGAAGUUGCUGGAUAUUGGCGGGAACUGGAACACGCUGUCGUACACAUUGAUCCAGAGCAUCGCAAACAUGCUCAAUGGGUGACAUGUCUGGUGAGAAUGCAGGCAGUGGAAGAACUGGGACAUUUUCAGUAUCCAGGAAUUGUGUACAGAUCCUUGCGACAUGGGGCCAUGCAUUAUCAUGUGGAUGAAUGGCAUAAAAAUGGGCCUCAGGAUCUCGUCACGGUAUCUCUGUGCAUUCAAAUUGCCAUCGAUAAAAUGCAAUUGUGUUGGUUGUCCGUAGCUUAUGCCUGCCCAUAUCAUAACCCCACCGCCACCAUGGGGCACUCUGUUCACAUCGUUGACAUCAGCAAACCGCUCGCCAACACGUCGGCCAUCUGCCCGGUACAGUUGAAACCAGGAUUCAUCCGUGAAGAGCACACUUCUCCAGUGUGCCAGUGGCCAUCGGAGGUGAGAAUUUGCCCACUGAAGUCAGUUACGAUGCCAAACUGCAGUCAGGUCAAGACGCUGGUGAGGCGUUUUGUGACUGUUUUUCUUCGGUUGUGCAAACCCCCAGUUUCAUCAGCUGUCUGGGUGGCUGGUCUCAGAAGAUCCCGCAAGUGAAGAAGCCGGAUAUGGCGGUCCUGGGCUGGCGUGGUUACACGUGGUCUGUGGUUGUGAGGCCGGUUAGAUGUACUGCCAAAUUCUCUAAAAUGAAGUUGGAGGUGGCUUAUGGUAGAGAAAUGAACAUUAAAUCCUCUGGCAACAGCUCUAGUAGACAUUCCUGAAGUCAGCAUGCCAAUUGCACGCUCCCUCAAAGCAUUGUGUUGUGUUACAAAACUGCACAUUUUAGAGUGGCCUUUUAUUGUCCCUGGCACAAGGUGCACCUGUGUAAUGAUCAUGCUGUUUAAUCAUCUUCUUGAUACGCCACACCUGUCAGGUGGAUGGAUUAUCUUGGUAAAGGAGAAAUGCUCCCUAACAAUGAUGUAGACACAUUUGUGCACAACAUUUGAGAGAAAUAAGCUUUUUGUACGUAUGGAAAAUAUCUAGGAUCUUUUAUUUCAAAUCAUGAAACAUGGGACCAACACUUUACAUGUUGCAUUUAUAUUUUUGUUCAGUAUACAUUUGCAUGUACAGGAAUUUGAAAUGGUGCUGCCACAAUAAACCACAAUAAACAGAAUAUACAGACAGACAAACAGGAUAUACAGACAGACAAACAGGAUAUACAGACAGACAAACAGGAUAUACAGACAACAUACAGUAUAUAGAAGCAGAAUUUACACAAAUCCACAUGUCUGGCUGCCACACAGUUAGAAUUCACAUAGCAGUAAUUUAUCGCUAUCCCUUUCCAAGGCCGUUAUGAAAUUCCCCUAGCAUUAUCCAAAUUAUUAUCUCUCUCUCGCUCUCUAUCUCUCCCUCUCUCCCUUUGUCCCCAAGCAGCGGCUUCUGCAAAUAGUCAAGAGUGGACACUGAGUCGAUCCAUCCCAGAGCUCCGUGUGGUAAGACAACUCCAUCCUCAUGAAAGGUCAUUUGAAAGGCUAAUUGAAAGUGAAGUUAGAUAGAGCUUCAUCUACCCACUUCCUUCAGGGAAACUGCCACAUCAGUGAAGAUAGGUUAUGUGUGUGUUUCAUAACUUAUUUAAUCUGUGCAGGGGGUGCUGGGAAGUCUUCGGAGUGGCAGGUCAGCAUUGGUCAAUAGAUACAUAACAGGCAGCUAUCUUCCACUAGAGAAGAUUGAAGGUAAGCAUGAAAAACUCCAAUCUUGUCCUCUUCGUUCCUAUAACGAAAAACUCUGCAGUCCUACCAUUUUAUCUUUCAUGAAUCUCUGACACACAGUAAUUAACCUCUGCUCUACUGUUCCAUUGUCAGGGGGGAGGUAUAAGAAGGAGGUAUUGGUAGAUGGACAGAACCAUCUACUACUCAUCAGGGAGGAGGCUGCGCUUCCUGAUGCACAGGUAUGUUUUUGUGUGUACCUGUACCCUCUGAACCAUACAGCCUUGUUGUUAUCGAUGUGCAAGAAUGUGUCGCUAUAGCAACAGACACACAGAAAGAUUGAUUAAUAGAAUUCACUGAAAUACAUUUGAUUAUUUGGUAAAAAUCCAUUCUAUUUUUGUGGGUUAUUUAUCCAAUACUUAACCAAUACUGCUAUCGCUGACUCGUUCUGCAUUCUUCUCCCUCUCUCUUCCUAUCCCAUCAAAUCUCUGUCUCCAGUUCAGCAGCUGGGUGGAUGCAGUGGUCCUCGUGUUCAGUCUGGAGAAUGAGGCCAGCUUCCAGGAGGUGUAUAAACUGUACAGCCAGCUCAACACACACCGCAGCACUGCCGACAUCCCACUGGUUGUUGUUGGGACACAAGGUAAGGGACAUGAGGCAGGAAUGGACGACUUUAGGGGAUGGAUUAACGCUAUUAAUUAUAAUGGGCAUGUAACAGAUAGAGAUCCAUUAUAGACGAAUUGCAGAUCACACUGGAAACAGUGAGUGCUUGUUUGUUUAUUUGGAUUCCAAUGAUCUGUUACUCUUGCAAUGUAAAGUGUUCGUGACUUCAUCUGUCUUUGCUAUGUAGACAAAAUCAGCAGCACCAACCUGCGUGUGAUUGAGGACAUACGCGCUCGGCAGCUAUGUGUUGAUGUGAGGCAUUGUGUGUUCUAUGAGACUUGCGCCACCUAUGGGCUCAACGUGGACCGGGUGUUUCAGGAGGGUGAGUCAACUGACAUUGAGUACAUUGGUGUUAGCAGUGGGAUCCAAAGGGACAGGCACAUUGUUGUUGUGCCAACACAAUACAGAAUUUCAGUCCUACUUUAAACACAAAUAUUCAGUCUUCAUAAAGCACUACAACAUAUAUGCUUCACAAAUUAUUUAAAGGCAAAAUCAUCCCACAUAAAGGGUGAUAUAAAAAUGAUCUUUACCCACCUAACAAUCCAGUUCACAUGCUGGACAAUACAAUGUAAAGUCAUUAGCAAUUAGUGCCUUCUCACUAAUCUUGCUCUCUCCUCUCAGCUGCCCAGAAGAUAGUCACACAGAAGAAGCAGUCUGCCCUGCUGGCCUCCUGCAAGUCUCUCCCCAACUCCCCCAGUCACACUGGGGGCGCCACACCUGGGUCAACAUCCUUCCCUGGACAGGUAACAUGCUACACACUGUUCACAUCUGUAUUUUUCCCAGGCUUACCUCGUCUGUGUUGUUGACAGAAAAUCAAUACUGUAGCCAGUGGGACCCACAGGUGGAUAACAGUUGUAGGAUUGUAGCUCCUCCUAUAUGAGCCUAGACUUAACCUUGAGCUGUGGCUAGAUACUGUACAUGGUUUUUAGUUCAUCUGGGGGAUAAAAGGAGGCCAUACAUGGAUUCAAAGAAUGGUUCAAAACGUUUGGGAACCACUGUUGUAGGAUUUAUCCUAGUAGAUACCAAGUGUAUUCAGAAGGAAGAACAUUGUGUCAAUUGUCCGUUUGCCUCGUCUUCUCUGUUUCAUCUCAUUUGUCCACUUCCUCCCAUCCUCUCUUUGUAUUCCUCUUGUCCAUCCCCCUGUCCCUCUGUCUGUCCUCACCUCUCAGGCUAGUAAUGGAGGACUGAGUAGUAGCUACCCCUCCUCCCUACCCUCCACUCCCGUGAUCAGCCAUAGAGAGCUACGGGGCGGGGCAGGGACGGGGGUGGGGGCGGGGGGAGAGGGGGGCGGCAGUGCCACCUCCUCAGGGUCCCUGAGAAACGUCCCUCAACGACGAACCUCCCUGUUCAAGGUCAGUUACUGUUCUCAGAAUCUCUGGUGAUCAAAUGAUAAGACUCUUUCAUCAGCGGAACAAUGUCCCAAAGAGCCAUACAAUUCAAACAAACUGAUUAUCGAAAGAGAGCUGAAAAUACAUUAACAAUUGUAGAUAUAGUAGUAGUUACACUGCUAGAUUUGUCUUCCUCAUCAUCAUGUUGUCACUCAUCUCACUACAUGGGUCUGUCCUGUAAACUUGUGUCAGUCUGUCUUUAUACCUGUCACACUCAUCUCUAACUCUAUUGUCUUGAUACAACUUCUCUCAGAACCGUCGAGGCAGUGGCAGUGAAAAGAAUGUUGACCCUAAAGGUGACUUGGGCAGUGGCCGGGCUAUCACUAUCAAACAGGUCAGUGUGACGCACACUGGAUACUAUGUAGAAUGAAUAGGCUAGUUCCGUUGUAUCCUCAGUAAUAGAAGGGAACAUUAAACCCAUUGUUUGUAACAGAGUAUCCUAUGGAAGCGGAGUGGGAGCUCACUGAACAAAGAGUGGAAGAAGAAAUAUGUCACUCUGUCCAGCAACGGCACACUGGCUUACCACUCCAGCAUCAAUGUAAGUCACACCACAAUCAACCAGAUCAACAUCAGUAAUAUCUCAUUUUAGUUCUUUGUUAUCUUGAGAAUAAAGAAGAAACCCGCACACUGCUCUUGCUAGCUUUAUUAAGCUGCUCGGGGCCGCAUAACAGCUUAAUAAAGAGUAGUGAUACUAGCAAGAGCAGCGUGUGGGUUUCUUCUUGUUUCUCAUCUUAUUCAACUGUUACCAUGCACCUGCAACAAAGAUAGCUCAGAUGUGCGAGUGCUUUUUGAAUUUUGAAUCACAGUUAUUUGUUAUCUUAAAAUCUACUUUGGAUAAGAGAAUCCACUGUGUUGUGAACUGUAAUACACAGUAAAAUUGCAAUAUUAAUAUUAGUCUAGUGAUAUUCAGCACAUCAUCCUAGUAAUGGGAAUGAUUUUGGCGGUUUCACGACUACUUGCAGAAUGCUCACGCUAAAGAGAUCGACCUAUUGCGUGUCACAGUGAAGGUUCCAGGGAAACGCCCACCCAGGGCUGUCCCCCCUUGUGGCCCCUCCCCCUCCCCUGGCCUCAACGACGUAGUCAAAGACACUGGGGCCACGGAGAGCACCAGUGCCCCAUUGUUGCCACCCAGCCUUGUGCCUGUUGAAGAACAGGCUGGGGCAUUGCCUCCUCCAGGAGAUAGAGGGGUAAAAUGCUGUCCAUCGUCACUGUCCAGCAAGUCACACAGUGCUGGUAUGUCAGAAAACCAUUUUUGUGUUACAUUUCCAUUAAUAAUAAUGGGUUUCUAAUAUAAAGUAUGCCAAUAGAGCUGUGAACACAUAACAAACAGUGUUUUAUUUGACCCCAAUGUCAGAAGCUAUUGAAGGAGUAACCAGUCCCCCUUUUGGAAAAGACGGUCAAUCCUCUCCAAUGAUUGACAGAAAGAAGAAAACAAGGAAGAAGAGUAUGAACCAGAAAGGCGACACAGCCAUUGGACUGGCUGAAGGUGAGCUCUGGGCCUAUUACUGUACAUCUCUUACAGAUUAUUCUGCACUAUUUAUAUCAAUCUCGUUUGCUCUUAUUUUCCUUCUUCUCCUCCUCUCCUGCUUCUCUGGGCUAAUCUGUUGCCCUGCAGCCAAGCGCAAAAUGUGGAAAUUAAAAAGCUUUGGUAGCUUAAGAAAUAUUAACAAGACAGGUAAAUAGGAACAUAAGGAGCUGGAUCACUGAAUCUACCUGUGUUGGUUGUCUGUUUGUCUGUUUGUCUGUCACUGUUUACCUGUAUUGCACAUUUGGAUCGAAACUGUGAUUUAUAAAGCUCAUUGUUUGUUUUCCUUAUUACUACCAAUCUUUCAUGUUCACCCUUUUGUCACCCUAUUGCAUGCCUUUUGCCUGCUCUGCGAACAUAUCAUGGUGGCACAGUGAGUCUGUUUGUAUGUUGUAAUUGUCAUAUAUGUCAAAUAAGUGUUUAACAGCGUUCAAACGUACUAAAAUAUAUGUUGUAUUUUUCCCCCCUGCAUAUUACCAACCUAUCUUUGUAGAUGAGGAGAAUGUUGACUUCAUCAUUGUGUCCAGCUCGGGGCAGACAUGGCACUUUGAGGCCCAGAGUCUAGAGGAAAGAGAUGCCUGGGUGACGGCCAUAGAGAGCCAGAUCCUCGCCAGCCUGCAGUCCUGUGAGAGCCUUAGGAACAAGGCAAGGACCACAAUGCACUGGCAUUAACAUUACAAUGCCCUUAGUUACAUGUGUGUGUAAUUAUUUCUGUUUGUAGGCCAGGCCUAUAGUGUAAUAAUGUCUGAUAGUAUAGAAAUGUUCCUUCUGAAUUUCUGUUCUGUAAUUGGGGAGGGGAGAUUCUGCCGUUUGUCUGUGUAUUGACAGGAACCGCUAUCACUGUCCAAGGUGCUGAUCUCUCUAGUGACAUUGGCAGCCACAUGCACUUCAUGCCCGGGAAAUGGGUGUGUGUUGUUUUAUAGGCACGGAGGAGCAGCCAGAGUGAGGCAGUAGCAAUACAGGCCAUCCGCAAUGCCAAGGGCAACAGCUUCUGUGUGGACUGCGAAGCACCAAGUGGGUUUCUAGGCUCUCUCUGUCUCUCUAUGUCCCUUGUUAUGGGUCAUGGCUAGAAGGGAUCCAACAUUUGUAAUAUUCACAUCAGAUUUGAUAGGGUUAAGGAUAGCUAAAAUGCAACAAAAAACAACAACAUUUGAAGUGAAUUUGACAAAAGCUGGAUCCCUUCUAGCCAUGACCCUUGUUAUGGGCAUCUAUUAUUUGAUUACGUUAGAUGCAGACUGCGCUUGUAUCUCACUUCCUAUGCUCGGGUUUGUCUAUCCUUCAUCCAGACCCCACAUGGGCCAGUCUCAACCUGGGUGCGUUGAUCUGCAUUGAGUGUUCAGGGAUCCACCGUAACCUGGGGACACACCUGUCGAGGGUCCGCUCUCUGGACCUGGAUGACUGGCCUUUGGAGCUCACCCAGGUCCUGACCGCCAUCGGCAACCACCUGGCCAAUAGCAUCUGGGAGAGCCACACCCAGGGCAGACACAAACCCACACCCAACGCCACACGGUGAGGGCACUGGUUGAAUGUAAUAGAUAUGGAAAAUCUUCAGCUUUAUUCGAUUUUUACCUGUUUCGUGAGAGCUCAAAAGAAAAGCCCUUCUUUUUGUCCAAUGAAGACCAUUAUUAGACUAGAAUAAGAUUGAAAUGAUUGCAUCCAAGAAUGUGUUGCAGUACAUCAAAUGGAAGGUACCGUAUAUAUUGUCACAGAGAUCUCUCUUCUGAUCCAUGAAGAGUUGCCAUGGUAACUCAUGGUCACUCAUCUAUGUUCGGGUCUCUCUCACAGGGAGGAGAGAGAAUCAUGGAUCCGUGCCAAAUACGAGCAACGGGUGUUUGUGGCACCCCUGCCUCCUCCAAGCUCCACAGGCCCAGGGGACACUGCUAUGUCUGUGUGUCUGCUGUCGGCGGUGACAGAAAGGGACUUGCCCAGGCUCCUACUGCUCCUGGCCCACAGCAACAAGGACCAGAUCAACAUUGCCCUGUCCACCGGAGGAGCACCCUCACAGACACAGCCUCACACCGCCUUGCACGCUGCCUGUCAGCUGGGGGAUGUGGUCAUGACACAGCUGCUAGUCUGGGUAAGGCCCUGGUCUGGACAAAUGAGUUCAUAUCUUUCCCAAGCACUGGAAGCACUUUGUUAGUCUUUUGCCCAAGUCAAGUGAUGUCAAAUGAACAUAAUGCAUUCAUUAAUUUACCACAUUCUCAAUGAUUAUACUUUUUGGUCAUUUUAUACAGAAUGUAAAUGGUGAAUUGUUCAAUCUCUCUCUCCUUGCAGUAUGGAAGUGAUGUGAAGGCCAGGGAUCCCCAUGGCCAGACAGCCCUGACCAUGGCCAGAAAGACUGGGAGCAAAGAGUGUGCUGACAUCCUGCUGCAACAUGGCUGUCCUAACGAGGUCUCCCCCGUCUCCCCCGUCUCCUCCACUGGACCCACGCUUGGUCUCUCCCGUAGAUCUAGCACUGCCAGCCUCAGCAGCCUGGGUCGUACCAAUUCCAGGAGAAGGGUUUCGUAG